UGACUGCUGGAGACAAAAUAGUUGCUUCCAGUGUUUGCCAAUUGCAUGUGACUCGCUUGUCGCCAACUUGAUGCGGACGCUCCUGGGCAAUCGCCUGCUUGGGGCCUGGCCCUCGAGCAAUGUUUCGACUUCGUUUGCUUCCUGUUCUCGUCGAACUCUGACCACUCGCCCGCCGCUGUUUCGUGCGCUUCCCCCAACAAGAACAUCCUCCAAGACGGCGACGACUACAACCACCACCUUCAAGGGCCAGCCACUUGACAAGGCUGCCCUCGAUGGCGUAUUGCGCAGGCGCAUGUUCUACACUCCCAGCUUUGAGAUCUACGGCGGCGUCUCUGGUCUCUUCGAUUACGGCCCACCAGGUACUGCCUUGCAGUCAAACAUCCUUGAUGUGUGGAGGAAACACUUCGUUCUCGAAGAGGACAUGCUAGAAGUCGACUGCAGCAUCCUGACCCCCCACGCUGUCUUCAAGACCAGCGGCCACGUCGAUCGCUUUGCCGAUUGGAUGUGUAAAGACCCAGAGUUUGGCGACAUUUUCCGUGCCGACCAUUUUGUCAAAGAUGUACUCGAGACCCGACUAAAGAGCGACAAAGAGGCGCGCAAGCAGGCCGUCGAGGAGAAGCCCAAGGAGCAGAAGCGAGAAAAGAAGAAGGUCAAAGGCCAGCAAAGCACAAUCAGACUCGAUGAUGCUGUAGUUAAGGAGUACCAGGAGGUGCUUGCGCAAAUCGACAAUUACAAUGGCGAGCAGCUGGGCGAGUUGAUUAGGAAAUACGACCUAAUAUGUCCCAAGAGUGGGCUGCAACCGACUGAGCCUAUGGCGUUUAACCUGAUGUUUGAGACCUCAAUUGGUCCAAGUAGCAAUUCACCUAGCUAUCUCCGUCCAGAGACUGCCCAGGGCCAGUUCCUGAACUUCGCUAAGCUUCUCGAGUUCAACCAGGGCGACAUGCCCUUUGCUUCCGCAUCUGCUGGCAAAGCGUAUCGUAACGAGAUCUCGCCGCGGGCCGGCCUACUGCGUGUCCGGGAGUUCCUGAUGGCCGAGAUCGAGCACUUCGUCGAUCCCGAAAGCGGUAAAACUCAUAGCCGUUUCGACGAGGUUAAAGAUAUCGAGCUCGACCUCCUCGAUCGCCAUGCUCAGCUCUCAGGCCAGACCACUGUAAAAAGAAUAUCUAUCGGGGAGGCUGUAAGGGAAGGUAUUGUGGAUAAUGAGACCCUCGGAUACUUCCUGGCCCGUAUAAAGCUAUUUAUGAAGAAGAUCGGUGUCGAUAUGCAUAAGCUACGAUUCCGCCAACAUAUGGCCAACGAGAUGGCUCACUACGCAUGCGAUUGCUGGGACGCAGAGCUUCUGACGUCGUCUGGUUGGGUGGAAUGCGUGGGCUGUGCUGACAGGAGUGCCUACGACCUGACGGUGCACAGCAAACAGACCGGCAAGCCACUCCUAGUACGGCAACAGCUCGAAAUCCCACGCACAGUCCAGGAAUGGCAGUGUGAAAUUUCCAAGAAGGAGUUCGGCCCGCUCUUCAAGAAAGACAGCAAGGCCAUCGAGGCUGUCAUAUUGGCGUCGACGCAGCAGUGUCGCGAGACUUGGGCCAAGGAGCUGCUGGAUACUGGCAAAGCUACCAUCGACGUCCCGGGCCUCGGCGGGGUUGAAGUCGGCAAGAAUCUGCUCUCAGUCGACUUCGUCGCUAGGACGGAGCACAUUCGCGAGUACACACCCAACGUUAUCGAACCGUCUUUCGGCAUCGGACGCAUUCUCUAUGCUCUCUGCGAGCACGUCUACUGGACUCGCGAGGGAAGCGACGAAGCUCGCAGCGUGCUCUCAUUCCCCACCGCAGUCGCGCCGACAAAGGUCGUCAUCUGCCCUCUGUCCUCGAACAAGGACUUCGCGCCGUACGUCGCCCGGCUGUCCAAGAAGCUGCGCGCUGCGACGAUCUCGACCCGCGUCGAUGACUCGGGCUCCACGAUCGGGAAGCGGUAUAGCCGAAACGACGAGCUGGGCACGCCGUUGGCCGUGACUAUCGAUUUCCAGACGUUAAAGGAUGGUGCGGUCACGCUGAGGGAUAGGGAUACGACGAGGCAGGUCCGGGCGGAUGAGGACACGGUGCUACGCGCGAUAAGAGAAAUGGUAGGGGGUGAGAAGACGUGGGGAGACGUGGAGAAGGAGUUGCCUGUCUUUGAGGGACAGGAGAUUGAUGUAUAACUAACUACAGGGAGCUGGCAGCAGUGAGGAUAUCACUGCUAUUAAGAAAGAAUAGUUCUCCUAACUGGCAGCUGAUGUCAGCAGGCGGAACGUUGGUGGGGCUAGAUCAUGUGCCAUUUUUCAAGGAGUCCGAAAGCGGCAUCUCGUCAAGUUAAUUGUACGAUUCUCGGCGAGAAACAGCUUCAUAGAUAUCGGAUAGACAGGGAAGGGAUAUUGUGAAGCUUAGGCCACACAAAGGAAACCGAUCUAUAAUCUGCUCCCGAACCAGGUUUUAGAAAAGCACACUCAAUCAGCUUCCUGCCAUCAUGUUGAUCAAGGAGAGCCACGUUGACGUGCAGACGAGUGUCAAUGGCAAGGAGAGUUCGAUGAGGAUCUUCCUUUUCCACCCUA